UUUUUUAUAUUUCUUUGGCAAUCACUGAAGACUUCUCUUUACUCUUUGUAACAAAGUGGAGAAACGAGAUGACUACUGAGAACGUCAGUCAACUGAUCAGGCUGGACCGUCACGCUCAUGCAUGAAGCUACAAGGCAGGAGUUUGUCAAACAUGGAGGGCAAAGGUUACUGCCGACAUCACAGCGAAACGUCCCAGAGAAAACAUCAGAUUUGAGGCUGAACUAGGAUCUCUUGUAUUCGCCAAUGGCGGUAUUUGUAUGGGACUGUUUCUUGUGUUUUCUCCCAUCCCUGUUACUUUUCCUGCUGUGUCUGGCUCUGCGCUGGCCCAGAGCAGGAUGUUGGACAAGACUGACUGUCAGGGCUGCAGAACCCAGGUUCAUCUGCAAACCCACUGCGCUGGCCAAAUAUCUGCUCCGGCACUGUGGCUCUCUGGCCAAGCCGAGAUUGGCCCCGUGGCCCAGGGGAGACCCCCACCUCCAGACUCUGUCCAGCCUGCUGUGGGGACAACAUGGAGACACGAUACAGUUCUCUAGAGAUAAUCUGUUACUGAGGGACGGGGGAAUCGUAGCUGUGGACUGGGCUGUGGGGACGGGAGUGGGUGAGGCGGUUGGGAGAAAGAGGUGGGAGGGGAGGAAGGAGUAUCACUCAGGGGGAAAGGCGCUGGGCUACUUCACCUCGACGCCGCCUGUCCUCCUCCUCAUCCCUCAGUCCUGGGGAGGGAUGACCCCCCACUUAAAGGCGCUGUGCCACCAGGCCGUGCGUCAGGGCUUUUAUGUGGUGGUGUUUCACCCUCGAGGCACAGCGGGAUGCCCCCUGACCACAGCACGACUGACUGAGUUUGGAGACCCAGCUGAUCUUGAGCAGGCGGUGGCUUAUAUCCACAGCCGCCACCCAUCCUCGGUGCUGGUUGCAGUGAGCGAGGGUUCAGGCUCAGGGAUUCUUCUUUCCUACUUGGGGGAGCAUGGAUCAAGUACAUACCUGACAGCAGCUGCAGCAAUCUCACCUGUGCUUCAGGGCCAGCUGUGGUUUGAAACAGCCAUGCCUCCUAUUUAUCGCUGGGGGGCGCUGUUUCACCGGAAAAUGCAGCUCAGAAGGUACGCAAAUUCCUUCAGAGCCGUCCUGGAUGUGGAUCGGGCCCUCGGCUCUUCCUCCCUCAGAGACUUUGAGGAACGGCUCUUUUGCUCCUCAGCCCAAUUUCAGCAGAGAUCCUCUAGACCUCCAGCAAACCCUGGGCUGAGCUCAGGACCUCAUUCCCCACAGGGCCUGGCACCUUCAGUGGCCUGGGCUCUGGGCGAGAGGGCUUACCCAGCCAAGGACUGGGACAGCUACUGGGAGAGGAACGAACCACUGAGAGAUGCAGAUGAGGUGGCCGUGCCAGUGCUCUGUAUCUGCAGCCGUGACGACCCUCUCCUUCCGCCGGCCUCCACGUUGCCCAUCCCCCUUUUCCAAAGCAAUCCUUAUUUCCUCCUGGUGUUGACAGACAAAGGAGGGCACUGUGGAUUCACUAUGGAAGGCAGAGAAGAGAUGGAGGGAGCUAGGACUGAAAAUGACGAGGUGGAGGAAGCCAGCUGGAGUCACAAUGUGGUUCUGGAGUACUUCAGAGUAGCGGCUGAUUUCCUGAAAGGAGAGGAGAGGAAUGGAGCAAGAUGGGGUGGUCCGCUAGGAGAAUACAGUCAGGCUGGGCAGAGGAACAGGAUCGGAAACAUGGCCCCUCCUCGCAGGAGGAAAGCCACCAUGACGAGGAGACCAAGACCACAGGCGCCUGGACAGAGCAGGGUGGACGCAGAGGAGGGGAACUUCACCUGGAAGAGGUCCUAUACACGCUGAGGAGAAAGAGAUGGUGGAGGAUGAGCUCUGCAGAGAAAGACUUAAUCGACUUUGAGGACACAUGAUCUUUGGUAAAGACAAACGAAAGUGACAAAGCUUCCCUUAUCAACAUUUAGUAUUUAUCUCAACAUUGUACUUAUUAAAGCAACAGGUUUUCAAGCGAUUUAGCUGCCAGCUGGUUUAAGAAAACCCCCCGUGAAUGAAAAAGAGAUUAUGCAAAUUGAACAAGCAGUCUGAAGACGAAUACAACUUUUUUGGCCGGGCUUUAAACAAAACUGUCAUGUUACAUUAUAAUACCUCAGGCAUUUAUGACAAACAGUAUAAAGAAUCCAAUAUUUAGGCUACAAUUAAGAGUUUUGUAAACUUUAAAUGCUUUUACUUUGUCAUGCUCCUCACACACAAAACACCAUAGGACAAAGAAAUAUUAAAAUUACUUUAUUACAGAUGAUUCUUUAUCCAGUAGCCCUCUUCCAACAAAAAAUAGUAAUUACAAACAAAAUAUUACAUUUAUCCCCUAAACUUUGUUUCUGAAUUUCUUUUAUACAUUUUAAAUCACUUUGUCAUCUGUAAGGAAUAGCUUUUCUCUUCUGCUAUGCGACAUUCAGCUUUUUGCACAAUCUAUACAAUUUAAUACAGUUUAAUACAGGUCUCUGGACCAGGGAGAAUAAAACAGCAAGAUCCACCAAAUGACAGGAGAGACAAAAGGAAUACUGAUAAACAGACUGUACAGAGACAUAACCCUGCCUCCCGCCUACCCUCGGCCAAUGGCAGCCGUCCCUCAGCACACUGAGGGGGAUCACAGUAGACUCUUUGAUCUGGUCAAUCACUUGUGCAAUCAGUGCAACUGAUCCAGUUCAGAGUGACCAAGGUCUAAAGCUAGACUCUGCCCCAACUGCCUCAAAAAACACCUGGGAGUUCUAGUAAACACAAGAGACAGUCUAAAAAUCUGCCACUCGUUUGGCCCUCUGCAGACAUCACCUGAAAAAUAAAAUUAGCCUUUCUGGUAUUAAAAGGAAAUAAAACACUAAAGAGCUGGAAACGAAGUUGAUAAAAUAUGAUGGGUACAAUGCAAUACUUUUUGAAAAGAGAAGUGGGACCACCACAUUCUGUUUUUUUCCCCUGUGUUUUCAGCCAUGAGAAACAACAGAUUUAUAAGUUGAGUUCAGGGUGGUAAGGUUUAAAAAAGGCAAGUGUGAAAAUGCUUUGUUUAUAAUCAGGACUAAAGAGGGCGCACGUUUCAUAAAUCCGACAUAAAAGUCAAAAUGAUAUCAGUGGACCCCACGACAUCUAAGAGUAACCCUAUCAAACAACAGAUAUAUUUUCACUGUCUUGUGCAAGAAUUUGGAAACGUUUUCAGGUUGUAGAGUGCACUAAAAGUGUACGCAGCCAAAUAUUUUAGAAUUCAGUAGCUUUUCAGAUUUUAUAGAUCUUUAAAAAGGAUUCUUUCUUUUUCGGUGUUAUUAUAACCUUCACUUUAGGCUAGUGAGUCUUCUAAAAAUCAGUCUUCUAUAUUGGGUAUCAUAAUGUCAGUAAAAUAUAGCCUAUGCUACAGCAAAGGCUACACCUAACUAGAUUUCAAAUUAUGUGCAAAAUCAUCCUCACUCAGCAUUAAAACAAAAAUGUUGCCAUUUACUCGAGGCAAUCUGACCUGGAGUUGUGUUGUUAUUAUUCACAACAGAAUAUCUGUAACAAGUUUCAGAACUCGCAGCUGCAGGUAAGACAGUGAAAACCCAGCGGCGCUAAAACAUCUGGAUACCGCUGGUCUAAAACCACGUCACUGUGUCUCCAUCACAACAAGUUAAUUUGUCUUUGAUUUGUCAAUUAGAUUUCCAUAUUUUCAAAUUCAAAAUAUACAAUAUUAACAGGUUUCCUGUACAAUCCACCUCUGAAAUCAUAUAAUGCAAAUUCUCUGCAUUUCACAAUAAGACUUCCACCUUUAUCGCUAUAAUCCUUCUUUUUUUUAUAUAUAGAUUUAUAUAAUAAUACACAUAUUAUUUAUUUUUAUUUUUAUAUAUAUAUAUAUAUAUAUAUAUAUAUAUAUAUAUAUAAAAAUAAAUAAAAAAAACAUUUUCUUCUUUUCUUUCACUUGAAGAGCUCUACGCAAAUAGAUCAGGGAGGGGGUGAAGACCACAUCAGGCUCAGGGGGGGAGGAAACGGGAGGUGGAGGGAAAGAGGGAGAUCGGUGGUCAGAACAUGACAUUGGGGUCACCAGGGGUGAGACAGAGCGGGGUGUCAGACCGGGGAAGGUUGCAGGGGCAUGGCAGCGGAGAUCACAGCAUCACCACCCAUCCACCCACUGAGACAUUCAGCAGUCACCAACCAGCAGAGCGAGUGGAGCUCCUCCGCGCACCACGUGUUCAUUCAUUUUACUUCUGCCCCUUUAAAAAGGUCUUUUUUUUUUUUUUUUUUUU